AAUCGUCCACGAGCCGAGUCCUCGACAUGUUUUGCUUGCCUCCUGGUCUCGGAUAAAGCCAACGCUCGAGAGCCAUGAAGGUAUCCUGAAAAUCGACGCUUUACUGAGAUGAGUAUCUCGCUUUUGAAGCCCAUCUGACGUACGUCAGUUUCCGGGAGAGGAGCUCCGGGAGAUCACCUGGAUCUAGUCCUGGACAAGAUGACGCCCAACGCGAUUCGUCUCGCGAAUAUACUACUUUUCCUCCUGUGGAGCCCCGGAGUGAUAGAAUGUUACAACGUGCCGUGCGCGUUCAACACAAUGUGCAUGUGUUGGGUCCAGGACGACGACGACGACUUCACGAAGAUGGACAUCAGUUGCAUGGGAGUUCCGUUCGCGCGGUUUCCUGACGUGUCGGUGAGUUACGUGACGCAGCUGGACAUCGUCGGCUCCGGGAUGCAGGUUUUGGACAACGACGCGCUUGCAAGUUCCGCGGGUGUCGAAGCCUUGGGGCUGAUGAGCAAUCGAUUAUCCAGCAUAGGUGACAAAUCUCUAUUAGGUAUUACGGACAGUCUACGCUCGCUGGAUCUGAGCUACAACUCCCUCGAGGACGUGCCCUUCAAGGCCUUUCGCGAUCUGAAAAAGCUGAAUUGGCUGAAUAUGCACAGCAAUCACCUAACGUCAUUGGACGGCGACUGGGGCCGCACCAGAGACACCCUAUCGAACGCGUUCUUCGGCGACAACUCGAUCACCGAGGUGCCAAGGCUGUUCUCGAGCUUCGGCGCGUUGGUGUGGUUGAACGUAGACAGCAACAACAUCGAGGAGUUCCCUAAGGAGUGUUUGCCGCCAAAUAUGCACACCCUGAGCAUCAACAAUAACCUUCUGAAGGAAUUCCCGCAGUCUUUGGGCGGCCUGAAAAGCCUCACCUGGCUCUACAUGAGGGGAAAUAACAUCGGCUACCUGGAACUGCCGGAUUUCCGCAGUUCCAGUCUGGAGCUGAUCGACAUCAGCGAGAAUUCCAUCGAGUGGAUGAAGACGACGUUGAGCAAUCGUACACUGAAGGUGGUGGACUUCAAUCUCGCCGGUAACAAACUGACCUCGCUGCCAGGUAGAAUGUUCGAUCGCCUGGAGAUCAAAAGACUGCACUUAUCGUCGAACGGUGUCAGAAACGUCGACGAUGAGGCCUUUCACGGCCUGGAAGACAUUCUCGAGUACUUGAAUCUGGAGAACAACGAUCUGUCGGCGGUGCCGAGCGCCGUUAGCCAGUUGAGAACGUUGUCGUACCUUUACCUGGCUAAUAAUGAGAUUCGGAAUAUCUCCAGCGAGGCGUUUCAAGAAUUCGCCGAGCAUCUGAAGGCUCUCUCCCUCGCGACUAACAGUUUGGACGCGGUGCCAGUGGCCGCUUUGUCCAGAUGCCAGAGGCUACUGCACCUGAAUCUCGGUUACAACAAGAUCUCCCACGUCGAGCCGGGUGAUUUCGAGUGGGCCGAAGAUCUUGAGAUCCUGCUGCUGAGGAACAACGUCCUGACGAAACUGAAAGCUGAGACCUUCAAGGGGGCUGGUAAAUUAAAGGAACUCAGCCUGUCGUUUAAUCAUCUGACGGAACUCGACGACGACUGCUUCGUCGGUAUCGAAGAGAGCCUGGACAUCCUCGAGCUGAGCUUCGCCUUCGCCACGGACGUGUUCCCGCAACGUGCACUCAGACCGCUGACGAAUCUCUUGUGGCUGGUUUUGGACAACAACAAUUUCCAGACGAUCGAGGCGACGGCCUUCUACUCGUUCCAGCAGCUGCGUUACAUCAGCAUGGAGUCCAACAGGCUGCACUAUUUGCCCGAGAGAAUAUUCCUCUCGAGUGUGCACCCCGAGCUGAAAGACGUCAAGCUGGGAUACAAUUUUCUUGAAGCGAUCCCGGAGUCGAGCUUCCAUAACCUGACUGAGCUACGUUCUCUCGAUCUCACUGGAAAUCGAAUAAAGGUCUUGGCGUCCGGCUCGAUCGUAGAUUGUCCCAAGCUGGUGACCAUCUCGUUAGCUUACAACAGGAUACAGAAGAUGGAGAGGAACGCUUUCUACGGUCUGUCCAGCUUGCGUUUCCUUCACUUGGAGUUCAACAAGCUCACCGUGUUGGACCUGGGUGCCAUCUCGGAGAUCGGUGGGCCCGACUUCGCCUUGAACGUCUCCUACAACGCGAUCGCGUUCGUCGACUCGGGGUCUUCGAUGAACAAUCUCACUAGACUGGACCUUGGCUUCAACAACAUCAGCCAUCUGUCCCCGGACACAUUUUACGGCACGCCCGACUUGAAGAGCCUCAAUCUGCAGAACAACUUUCUCACGACCAUCGAUCCGGGAACGUUCGCGCUUCCUCACCUGGAAACUCUGGACUUAACGGACAACAAGAUCGACACGUUGCGCAAGCAGUCCUUUCACGGUCUGGACUCUCUUCAAAGACUGGAUAUAGGCGGAAACGAGAUCGCUCAGCUGUCGACCGAGCAGUUUCGGAACCUGAAGAAUCUGCGGAUCCUGAAUCUCUCUAACAACAAGAUCCGAUCGUUACCGAGAGACGUUUUCGAGGGCACCAGGCUGGAAAUCCUUGACUUGAGCCAUAACAAAUUCACUGCCGUGCCCUCCGCGUCAUUCUUGGAGGUCGGCUACACCUUGAGGGAUCUCAACAUGGCGGAAAACUUCUUGGACCACCUAGACUCGACCGCGUUCCCGACUUCUCAGCUGGUGGCCUUGAAUCUGGCGCAAAAUCGUCUGACGAUCCUGCCGGAUAAUUCAUUCGUCUCCUUGGGCAAAUUACUGAGCCUGAACGUGUCGCAGAAUAUUCUUCAGGCGAACUUCAAGGAGCUAUUUCACUACCUGCCGGACCUCAGGCAACUCUAUCUGGCCAACUGCGGUCUUAGAAGCGUACCGUUGCUACCAUUGACGAACUUGAACGUCUUGGACUUGUCGUUCAAUAAUAUUGACGAGACUGCCGAUAAGCAGUUCAGUUUCUUGGAAGGUCUGAAGAUCCUCUUAUUGGUCAAUAACUCGUUGACAUCGAUGCCUGGCGUUAGAUUGAAUCUUCUGAGGGAACUCGACGUUUCCGGUAAUCCUAUCGAGGAACUGACGAAGGAGAGCUUCCUGGGUUAUCUGCGACUGGAAAAAUUAAAUUUGAAGAACCUAAAUCGCACCAAAUCAGUGGACAAGGAUUGCCUCCGGCCGUUGAAGUACCUGAAACACCUGCGCAUCCAGACGUGGCCGCAGGCUGACGGCUUUCAUCUCCGUCACUUGCUAUCCGGCCUACCGCUCCGGACGGUCGAGAUUCAAGUAACGGAGCACCUGCUGAAACACCAGAUACAGAAUGCUUUCACGAAGCAAUUGAAGGAGCUGACGAUUACCGGAAGCGAUCUCGAGCUGAUCUCCUCCGAGGCGUUCUCCACCAUCGAGGGCGGCGACCUGAUACUGCGAAUCAAGGACACGCACGUCCGCAGACUGCAGUCGGAUAUUUUUCUAUUGUUGACGAAGAGAUUGUCGCAGCUCACGCUGGACCUGAGGAACAACCACAUCAACGAGCUGAGUCCGUCGAUAAUCUACGGGAAUCUCUCUUGGGAGACUGUAGGGACCAACAUGGUGGCCGGUGGGCUGCAGGUAUCCGGAAACCCGCUCGAGUGCGACUGCGAGAUCGCGUGGCUGAGUCUGUGGCUGCGCAGGUGGCUGAGGGAGUCCCGGCAGAUCCACACGGCCUCGCAAUCCGACGCCAGGCAAUUAAGGACCAUAGCCGGCCGAGCUGUUUGCACGGAGACCACUCCGUCGUACUCGUCCGACAAGGUCCUGCUGACGCUCGGUACUCCGCACACCGCCUGCCAAGCGUCCGCCCUCAGCUCGGGGAAUUACGAACGCCUGGCGACGGCCUGGCUGACCUUCGUCAAAUUCUUCAUCCUCGUUUCCGUUGUUAAUUAAUUGGCCGCUGGUUGCCGUGCGGCAACGGAAAGUUUUCGGCGCUCGAAACUGCCGAAAUGUCAUUCACGUCGUUAGCUAUCUUAAUUCCGAAGCGUAGAUGAAUAUUCGCGGCGCGAUCAAGACUCUCCUCGGCAGAAGGAGACCGAUCUUGUGAGCUUCUGAAAGACGUCUGGAAAGUGUCUAAAAAGAAAUGUCAGACGUCUUUCGGAUGUUCUCUCUCUCUCUCUCUCUCUCUCUCUCUCUCUCUCU